GGCGGGGGAGCCGGAUCGAGUUAUUCCAUCAACUGACGGUCGCAGCUCUCGGACGGGACGAGACGGCAUGUCAUUCCCCAGAGCGCCGCUUAAACGCUUCAACGACAAAGUGGGCUGUGCGCCUGCACCAGGUCACUAUGAUAUUAAAGAGUUGGAGGGUUCCAAGGGUCCUGUAUCUUUUGAAAAAGCGCACCGAUUUAAAAAGCACAAAGAUACAGGAAACCCUCAGGUGGUUGUUGAAACUGAGAAGGGUCUGAUGUCACCAAGUUCACGGAAGAAUCUCAACUUUGGAGCAAACAAUUUGCAGAAGGAUGCUACCUUGGUUUUGGAGCUUAAAAAGCAGAAAAUGUUGGAACAAGAGAUCCGAUGCCUGCUGCAACAGCGUGGGGAACAGGACAAAAGACUGCAGACUUUGGAAGAGGAGCUGAAAAAAAUUGAAAGUAAACUAACUGCAGCAAUGAGAGAGAAAACAUCCCUGACGUCAAAUGUUGCUUCCCUAGAAAGACAACUUGCUGAUCUUCACAAAGCCAAUGAGUUACUGAAAACAAAGUUUUCUGAUGAUUGUACCAAGAAGAAAAUUAAUACCCUGUGCUUAGAGCUGAUUGAAGUAAAGAACAAAACUGAUGCAAAGGACAAGGAGAUCAGCUAUCUUCAGAUUAGUUUGGAAGGUCAGGUGAAACUUCUGCAAGCUGACUUGGAAGCUUCAAAGGCUACAGUUGCAGCAUUGCAAGAAAGAAAUGGAUCCCUAGAGGAGAUGCAUCAGGAAGCUAAAGCCCAUAAUGAGAGCCUGGAAGUUGAAAUGGACAGAUUCCAUGCUCUAAUUGAGGAUCUGCGUGGAGAGAAUAAAGCCUUGCAAGGUUAUUUGGAUAAUGCCAAUGAACAAGUUCAGGAUCUUCGAAUGCAGUUAAGUUCCAAAGUGAGUGGCUAUGAGAGCAAAUUGGAGCAGCUUUCCAGAGACAUGGAGGAAAAGUGCAUGGUCUCAACAGUUAAACAGCAAGAGGCAGAAAGAAAUCUACUGGCUGUACAGUGUCUUCUGAAAGAAUCGGGUGAAGAAGUUGUUGAGCUUCAGGGAAAAUGGACUGUAAUGGAGCAGGAUAAAGAGAAGUUGGAGAAAGAUAAAUUUGAAAUUGAAAUGAAGCUGUCCCAGUCUUUGAAAGAACUCAGUGAGAUAAAAGUGCAACUUGAAAGCUCUAAAGAAGAAAUCGGUCUUUCAGAGGAUCAGCUUGUUCAGAAAGAAAAGGAAAUACUAAAUCUCAAAAACUGUCUGAAACAGAAUGAGGCGUCUUAUUGUGAACAGAUAAAGGAAAUUAAUGGAAAAUAUCAACUACUUGAACAGGAGAAAGAGAAAGCAGAAGCAGAAUGUCACAGGUUGGAGCAAAAUUCAACUAGGGAGUUGGCGAUGAUGAAAGAAAAAUUGAAUGAAAUGGAACAAGAUCUGCAGCAGAAACAAGAUGAGCUUUUCUCUGUCAAACAGGAAAAGGAACUGUCUGACUCUUUGCAGCAGAGGUUCGAUAUCUUCCGGGAAGAAAUGACCAAAGAGAAGCUUUUGCUGGAGGAGGAGCUGGAAGCUGCAUUAGAUGAGCUUGAACAAUUGCAGCUGAAGGAGGUGGAGGCUGAGGAGUUGGCCAAAUGUCUAGAGGAUGAGAAUGAACUGAGAGCGAGAGAGUUUGCUGGACUACAGGAAGAACUUGUGAAGAAAAAUGCUGAACUGGAGAAGGUUAAUGAAGAUCACAACAAAAUUGUCAGUCAGUUACAUGAGGACCAGAGUAAAUCACUAAGAAAGCUAGGAGAUAUUGAAGCAGAAUUUGAAAGCUACAAAUCAUCUGUAACGAAAGAGAUGGGGUGCCUCCAGGAGAGCAACACUGCACUGACAAAGCAAGUUGCACAGUUAGUCUCUGAAAUCAAGGAUGAGCGGCAGCAGUUAGCAGAAGUUCAGCUUUCUAAAGAGAAAGCAAAAGAAGAAUAUGCAAGAAUGCUACUGGAAGCACAAACAAAGCUAGCUCAGAAGGAAGGUGAAGUCAGAAAAUUGGAAGAAACUUGUAACCUGAGAGUAAACGGACUUCAAGUACAAUUGGAACAAAGCAAGAUGUGUCAGGAGGUGGAGAAACAGAGCACUGAUACUGUGAGUGAGGAUGUGGUUACAGAACUUAAAGCUGAAAUACAAAAAUGGCAAGUACUUUAUGAAGAAUUGCACAACAAGGUUAAACCUUUCCAGGAGCAACUUGACUCAUUUGAAAAGGAAAAGAAUUCCCUCCUCAAUGAACAUGGAGCUACGCAGGAAGAGCUGAAUAAACUGAGCGAAGCUUACAUUAAGUUGCUUGGUCAUCAAAACCAGAAACAGAAAAUUAAGCAUGUAAUGAAGCUGAAGCAAGAAAACGUGGAGCUGAAGCAGGAGCUGACAAAACUUCGAGCGCAGCUGUCCAAGGAGAAACUAACUGAUCAGAAGUAUCAAGAACAACGUUGCAAGGCACAAGGCAUCAAACGCUUUGAUCCUGCCAAAGCUUUCAAACAUUCAGUGAAGGAGAAUAUUGCUCCUACGACACCACUGAGAGAAGGGAGCACAAAUGUACUUUAAGCUUUGCAGCUUUGAUUUCAAGUCUCCAUACAUUGAGUGUGAUGAGAUUCUGGUAACGGUACCCUGGAUCGAAUGGCUUACAUUCAACAAGAAUGAGUUGAAGAGGUUAAUUACAUUGUAAAUCGGAAAGUAGAUCAUUGUAAACCAAUCAAACAGUCUUGUUCCAGUGAUUUUAUGUUCUCCCCUGGCCCCUGAAUUUUAAUCUUGAAUUUUAAAAUAUGGAUUUAUAAAUAAAUUCUUUAGAUUAGGUAAAUUAUUUUUUAUGGAUGUUUAUUUAUCCUCAUGAAUCUAUUCAUUGGCAUUGAAUUGUAAAUAAUUCUGUUGGAUUUUCUGGUGAGCUGGUAGUUGAUAUCUGGGAGAAUCAACAGCUCAGGUUUCACAAACAAUUUAUGAAGAAAAAAUAACUUGCAAGCAGCUGGGCUGUUAACAAAAAUAGCAGCUGACAAAGAAAUCUAUUAUUGUAAUACUAUACUGUUACUGUGGUGUAGCAACCCCAGAAUGCCCUUUCCCAGAUUUAGGUAAAAUAAGAAUUCUUUUUGCAAUAGAUAACAUUCUUGCUAAGUAACAUGAGUUCUAUAGUUAAGUGGGAGACCAGUCAUAAUGUGAAUUUUGGGAUCAGGCACAUUGGAUGUACAUUCAACUUCAUGUGAGGGAAAUAAAGAUUUGAAACUUCAUCAGAAUGAAGGCCAUUACCUUAACAGACUGCAUUAAAGCAAGGACCACCAACUGAACCCAUUGAAUAACUGAAUUUCCAAAGAUUUGGGUAGCACUUUGUGGCUGAACACUAAACUUCAAGCCAUUUAGCUUAACGUCAAGCUUAGCUUAUUGAUAAAAUAUUUAGCUGUAUCAAAUAAUUAACAUUAAGUAUGAAGAUACUGGUCCAUGAUUUUAAUUAUUUUGCAAGAUUUUUAUUCUGGUGAUUCAAUAUUGCAAUAAAUUGUCAGCUUAUUUUGUGGUGCAUGUAUUGAGGUUGAGAGACUUGAUGUGGUUCCCUAUUACUUAAUCUGAAUUGUAAUUCUAGUCAUUCCAAAAGCUUCCCAAUUGUUUGAAAAGCAAAGUUGUCAAUGGGUGUAGUUGACGAUCUUCUUUUCAGGUGCAACUAUUUUAAUAGCAGUUGGGAGCUGACCUUGAGACAUUGUAUAAUCUGACAAGAAUAAGAAACUGGAGCCUUGUUGCCUAAUACAGUUUUUCCUGCAGAACUUGCAGUUGAUUACUUGAAAUGAUUGUAUCUUUUGGUGUGCAACAUUGUAAAUAUGUAACAUUUUGAGUUACGUCCUUGGAUAGUGAAUUGUCAGAAUGGCAUUGAUGUACAAAAAGCAUUGGAAAUAAGAAUAAAGCUGGACUUGUUCCACUUUGUGGGA